AUGACAGAAUCGCUGAAAGAUAUUAUAUUGAAUGAGGAGGCUAGUGAUCUCUACGAGCUACUAGGACUCGAAAAAUCCGCCACGCAAAGUGACAUCAAGAAGGCAUAUUACCGACUCGCGUUGAAACACCAUCCUGACAGGCACGCGAAUGCGACACAAGAACAGCAGAAAGAGGAGUCUCGUAAGUUUCAGGCACUAAGUUUUGCAUACCAUGUUUUGAAUACACCAGCGAAACGAGAAAAAUAUGAUAGAACAGGCGAGACUUCUGAUGAUUUGUUCGAGAUUAAUGAGGGUGGUGUGAAAUAUGGAUGGGAUGCUUAUUUCAAAGAUUUAUGGGACGACAAUGUUAAUGCCGAGUCGAUUGAGGCGUUUCGCGAUAAAUAUCAGAAUUCAGCAGAAGAACGUAAAGAUCUCUUAGACUCUUAUGAAAAACAUGAGGGCGAUAUGGAUCGAAUUAUGGCCGAUAUUCCAUGUUCAACGGCAAACGACGAAGAACGUUUCUGCAAAAUAAUCAAAGAGGCAAUUGACGCGGACCAAAUAUGCUUAUACAAAAAAUUUACAGCUACUUCAUCGAAGGCUGCUACAGCGCGUCGUCGAAAAGCUGCAGAACGUGAAGCUAAGGAAGCAGAAGAGAUGGCACGAAAACUUGGAUUGAAUGACAAGUUAUACAAAAAUAAUAAUAGCAGCAUCAUCAAUAAUGAAAUCAACGAUCACAAUAGUAAUAGUAGUGAGGAUGCAUUAAAGCAAAUCAUAAAAAAACGUGCACAAAAACGAACGAGCGAAUUUCUUGAGAAUAUGGAGAAAAAGUAUGGUGCCGGAAGUAGUAAUAAUAGCAAUAAUAUCGGCAAUAACAGCGGCAAUAACAGAAGUAAAAAGCGAAAGACGGGCGCAAAGAAAUCCAAGGAAGAAAAGCAUGGAGAUGAUUGGGUGGUGGACGAUGAUUAUGGUGAGGAAGUUACAAAUGAUUAUAAAGAACCGACCGAAGAGGAAUUUCUCGCUAUACGAGAACGAAUAACUGCUGGAAAGAAGAAGGGUAAAAAGCAGGGAAAGUAA